AGAAAUGGAGACUUCUUGUUUUGCUAAAAAUGUCAUUUUUGUUUGGGCUUUGGCUUUCAUCGCUUCAUCCCCUUUGGCUUGUGUUAAAGCAGCUGGAUGCACCAAAGAACAGACGAGAGCUCUCUUGGAGAUCAAAAACGCCACAAAUGCUUCUUCCCUUGUGGACUGGGACGGAAGGGAUUGUUGUGAAGCGAGCGCAAUCAUUUGUGAUGAUAUUACUGGACAAGUUCUCUCAAUAUUUUUGGCAGGGGACUACUAUGCUUCAUCAAGAAGUACAUGGUAUCCAAAUGUAACCAUGUUCACCUUAUUUGAUGAACUCAAAGAAUUAGCACUGUAUGACAUGCAAAGUGGAGGAGGGCUUGAACCUUUUUGCGAACUGAAGCAAUUAAAAUAUCUAAACUCUUUGGAUCUUACGGAUAAUAGACUGGAAGGCGUUAUUCCCUCUUGUCUUGGGAUGAUUGGAAACCUUGACGUACUUCUUCUAUCAAAUAAUCGUCUUUAUGGUAAUCUACCUCCAUCAAUAUUCUCCAACCAAAGCAAGAUUGGGUAUUUCGAUGUUUCGGCCAAUCAAUUAGAUGGGGUUUUAUCAUUUUCUACUUUUGCCAAUGCUUCAAGUCUCCAAAACCUUGAUCUUUCAAGCAACUGCAAUUUGGAAAUUGAAACUGAAUCUCCCUCAUGGGUUCCAACCUUUCAGCUAAUUUAUCUGAACUUGGCGAAUUGCAGCCUCAACAAGAAGAAUGGUCACGUUCUCCCAAGCUUCAUCACCACCCAAGUUUUCUUGGAACGGCUAGACUUGUCUCACAACUUAAUAGAGGGAAGCAUACCUUGUGAGUUGCUAUUCAACUCGAGUAUCGGAGGUUUAUCCUUGGGAAGUAACAAAAUUGAUGGUUCUCUUUUUCUUGGUUGCUUUGCUAAUCGAACUUCAUCACUUCAAAUCUUCGACAUGUCAAAUAAUAAUGUCAAAGGUUCUCUUCCUGAAAAUAUCGGACAUCUUCUUCCACUCUUAUACCAACUUGACAUGUCCUCAAAUGCAUUAGAGGGCAUCAUUCCUUGGUCUUUUGGUAAUCUGUCUUUUGAAGCAUUAGACCUUUCUAAUAACAUGUUCUCAGGGACAAUACCGCUAAGUUUGACUAGAAAUGACACCCCACUUGUAUAUCUAAAUCUAUCAAACAAUACAUUGGAAGGAGAAAUGCUCCCAAGGGACUCCAACAUGACAAGUUUGAAGUGUUUACAACUCAACGGCAAUCAAUUUCAAGGAAUGAUCUCACCAGCAAUAUCAAACAGCCACUCUCUGGUAAUCCUAGAUAUUCAAAACAAUAACUUGUUUGGUAAUAUUCCAAAGUGGUUGUAUGAUCAUCCUUCCUUGGCGGCAGUUCUUUUAAGUGGAAAUCACUUUGAAGGUCACCUACUACGAAGAAUGUGUCAAAUGAAACGUUUGAAAGUUUUCGAUAUCUCUGAUAAUCAUAUUUCAGGAAGUAUUCCCUCUUGCCUUGAUAACAUUACAUUCUGGAAGAAGAGUUCUCCAAGCUCUAAUGGCUCAAACUAUUUCAUAGAAAUUGGUCGAGUGUUUUCCCACUUAAAUCAAUGGGAACAAGAGCCUAAAUUCGAAAUUAAAAUGGCUUUGCGAGUAAAAGAUGAGGUAUAUGCUUACAAAGGUAUCCCACUCUCAUUGAUGACUGUAAUUGACAUGUCAUCUAACCAAUUGACAGGUAGCAUUCCUUUUCAAAUGGGAGAAUUGUCGCAGCUUCGGUCCUUGAACUUGUCGAAUAAUUUUCUAACAGGCCCCAUUCCAAAUUCUUUUCAAAAUUUGAAAGAUGUGGAGAGCUUGGAUCUUUCCCACAACAAGUUGAGUGGGGGAAUCCCUUUUGAAUUUGUUGAAAUGACUUCUCUAUCAGUAUUUAGUGUUGCCUAUAACAAUCUUUCUGGAAGAGUCCCAUUUGAGCGACAGUUCUCAACUUUCGAGACGCAAUGCUAUGAUGGAAAUCCGGAUCUAUGUGGAAACCCUCUGAAGAGAAACUGCUCAACUGCAAACCAGCUUAAACCUGGACAUGAAGAUGAAAAGGAAGAGACAAGAAUAAUCGAUAGCCCUUUAUUCUUCUAUGCAUUUGUUGCUGUCUCUUAUGCAUUCGGAUUUUGGGUUUUCUUUGGGAUCCUAAUCAUUAACAAGAAUUGGAGACGUAUCUAUUUUAGAGCUGUUGACAGAAUUAUUGAGUCAUGUUUUGAAAUGCUCUAUCGGUGAUUCACAACCAUAUAUAUAUUUAUAUAUACUUCAAAUUAAUGAUUAUCUUCA